AAAAAAAAAAAUAUAUAUAUAUAUAUAUAUAACGUUUUUCUUCUUGUUGAAAACAGCUGACCAAAGAAAUGGUGAUGGAGAAGCCAAGUGCCCAGCUUGUCGGGCGAGAGUUUGUCCGACAGUAUUACACCCUUCUGAACCAGGCUCCUGACUACUUGCACAGGUUUUAUGGCAAGAACUCUUCUUAUGUACAUGGAGGUCUAGACAACAGUGGCAAGCCAGCAGAGGCGGUCUAUGGUCAGUCGGAAAUUCAUAAGAAGGUGAUGGCACUGAGCUUCCGGGACUGCCACACUAAAAUCAGGCAUGUUGAUGCCCACGCCACCCUGAAUGAGGGCGUUGUGGUACAGGUGAUGGGUGAGCUGUCCAAUAACAUGCAGCCCAUGAGGAAAUUCAUGCAGACCUUUGUGCUGGCCCCAGAGGGCACUGUGGCCAACAAGUUCUACGUACACAACGACAUUUUCCGCUAUCAGGACGAAGUCUUUGGGGACUCGGACUCUGAACCUCCUGAGGAGUCAGAGGAGGAGGUGGAGGAGCUGGAGGAGAGAGUGAACUCACCUGAGGUCCCACAGGAAGAGCCACUGUAUGAACAGACACCAUGCCCCGAGCCAGAGGCCUCUCCGGAGGAGGUGGCUGUAACCCCAGAGCCCCAGGCCGAGGCAGAGCCAGAGCCUGAGCUGGAGCCUGAGCCAUCUGCAGCAGAGCUGAAACAGGAGACACCGAGCCAGCCCGAGCCCCAUGCUGCAGAGAAGGCUCCCCCCUCACCCACGCCUGCCGACCCAGUGCCCACCAUGCCAGAGGAUAGCCGGCCUUUCUCAUGGGCUUUAGUCACCAGUAAGAAUCUCCCCCAAGGAGGAGUGGUGCCUUCUUCAGGAAUUCCCCCUCAUGUAGUCAAAGCUCCAGCAACUCAGCCCCGGGUGGAAGUGAAGGCUGAAGUCCAGACAACAGCACAGAGACCUCAACGAGAUCAGAGACCACGUGACCAAAGACCGGGCCCGUCUCCAGCCCAGAGAGCUCCUAGACCAGGAGUGCGAGAGGGUGAGAGUGGGGAGUCUGAAGCGAGGAGGGCAGUCAGGUAUCCUGACAGCCAGCAGCUCUUCGUAGGAAACGUGCCACAUGACGUGGACAAGGCUGAGCUUAAAGAGUUCUUUGAACAGUAUGGCACAGUACUGGAGUUGAGGAUCAACAGUGGUGGCAAGCUACCCAACUUUGGAUUUGUGGUAUUUGAUGAUUCAGAGCCAGUACAGAAGAUCCUGAGCAACCGGCCCAUUAAGCUGCGAGGUGAUGUGCGUCUGAACGUGGAGGAAAAGAAGACUCGUUCGGCUCGUGAAGGAGACCGGCGGGACAUCCGCCCCAGGGGCCCCGGCGGACCUCGGGACAGGAUAGGUGGCCCAAGGGGUCCGCCACCCAGAGGGGGCAUGGCGGCCAAGCCCAGCUUCGGUGCCGGACGCGGGGCUGCAUCCAGCGAAAGUCGCUACACAGGACCACGCCAGUAAAGCAGCUCGCAUGUCGAAUCACUGCUGAUGCAAGUCACCAUGAGCAACAAAUGGCUUCCCUCAUCCCCAUGUCCAUGCCACUCCCAGGCAGUAGAGUGGGAUUCCCCCUUUAUCUGGACUUCUCCUGUAUUUGAGUUUGAACUUGAAUUUGUUGUAGACAAACAAAAACUACUUGAAUUUGUGGAAAAGAAAAACCCAGCGUUUUUUGGUUUUAGCGUUCUCUCCCUGUUUCUUAAAGGAACGUGUUUUUACUGCUCGGGCAAUCCUGUGUAUUGCUAGCGCCCGCUGUCUGGUCAAAGUGCAAGUAUGGUUUUAUUUGGAAUUGUUGCCAAGUCAAAUCAUGGUUGUUUAUGAGUGACUGUCUAGCAUGUAAAAUAUCCUGUUUGCCUUCUACUGUUGCACUUCAUCAAAAAUGACAACAUAUUUUAACAACUCUGCUGAUGAGAGAACAGAAUAAACUUGAUGUACUGUUUUGAA